AUGACGACAAAAUCAAUGCCAAAGAGAAGGAGACCACGAAGAGAAAUUCCAGAGGAUCUUACGAACCUUUACCUUGAAAAGGGUUCUGUUCCAAGCAGUCUUGACGUGAUCACCAGAGGUCGAGACUUCCAACACACGUAUGAAAAGAACCAGCGAUACUGGCGUCGGAUUCUUUCUGAGCGCAAGGGAUACAUGCAAUUGAGCAAAUAUGAACAUGAAGCGAGAAAUGCAAUUGUCGAAUCCAUCUAUGAUUAUGUUCGCUCAUCGGGAGGACGAUUCCUUCAAUUGGAUGCCAAGUCUGGACAAUGGUUCCAACUUCCCAAGAAGGCUUCCAUGCACGAGAUUCAACAAGCUCUGAAUGAACGAUAUGUUCCUUACUUUGCGCGAUCGCAACCGCAACCGCAAUCAUCAGCUCCAAAGAAGGCUUCGCGCCCCGACACUUCGGCAUUUGCUGCAUUCCUCACGAAUGCCUCCUCUGCGCCAAAACCAACAACCACCAGCAACUUUUUCAGCAACUUCAGCCAAUCUUCCUUGCAAUCAUCAACGGGAUCUAUUGACUUUAUGGCGUGCAUCAACAACAACAACAACAACAACAACAACAUGAGCAAUGCUACUUACCUGCAACGAGUUCCAAAAUUGAAAUCGAUGAAUGCCUACUUGGAAGACCACAUGAACUCUGCGUUUUCCAACAGCAUGAAUAACUCCAACAGCUCGCUGGUCGAAGUAAUGUAA